ACCCCUAUUUUGAAAUUUAGAAUUACAAUUGUUUAAUAAACAAAAUUUAAAAUUGCUUACACAUUUUUUUUAAAUCUUCUUACAUCAAUUACACCAAUGCCAUUAAAUAAAAAAAAUGUAUCGCUUAUAAACGUAAUGUUUUACAUUUAUCGAAACGAACAACACUGGUGUCAAAGUACACGUAUCCGUUGACCAAAAUUGAUUUAAUAGAAGGCAAUUAAAACAUUGCAUUAUUAUCGUAGCGCUUGUUGAUUCUAAUAGUUUUGUUCGCAGAGAAACUUCUUAUACAUAAUUUAGUAAUAAUACAAGUUUUCUGAUAAGACAUCGAGAUUGAUAUAAGGAUGGUGGUGUUUCGUUUAUCAUUUGCUCUGCUUCUACUUUUAAAUGUAGUUUUCUUGGCAUAUGCUAUUCCUAAGCCUGACGAUGAGGAAAUUAUUGAUGGUGAUACACUACACAGUCCGUUAGAUCAUGAUUCAGAUGGUGAAAAACAUUUUGAAGGUGGUCAUCACAACAAACAGUAUGAUCAUGAAGCCUUCUUAGGUGAAGAUGAAGCAAAAUCAUUUGAUCAAUUACCGCCGGAAGAGAGUAAACGACGUUUGGGACUCAUCGUUGAUCGAAUUGAUAAAGACAAAGAUGGAUUUGUAACACUUUCGGAGCUGAAACGUUGGAUUGAAUAUACACAACGUCGUUACAUAGACGAAGAUGUUAACCGUACGUGGAAAAUGCAUAAUCCAGACAACAAUGACACAAUCAGCUGGGAGGCAUACCGGGAUAAUGUUUAUGGCUUUUUGGAUACAAUGGACAAAGAGGAAAUUGAAAACGAUGAGCAUAGCAUGUCUUUCAAACGCUUACUAAAACGGGAUCGUCGGCGUUGGGGAGUUGCUGAUAAAGAUUUAGACGAUAAACUAACACGUGAAGAGUUCACCGCAUUUCUACAUCCAGAAGAUCAUCCCAUAAUGAAAGAUAUAGUACUAACGGAAACAAUUGAGGACAUUGAUGCCAACGGAGAUGGCAAAGUUAGUGUGGAUGAAUACAUUGCCGACAUGUACCGUAAUUCUGAACCGAACGAUGAAGAACCAGAAUGGGUUAAAAGUGAACGGGAAGGCUUUGCUAAGUUUCGUGAUAUAAAUGGGGACGGCUUUUUGGACCGUGAGGAGGUACGCACUUGGAUCGUGCCGAAAGAUUUUGAUCACGCCGAGAGUGAAGCAAAACAUCUAGUAUUUGAAGCCGAUAAUGAUGACGAUGAAAAACUAACGAAGGAAGAAAUUUUAGAAAAAUAUGAUGUCUUCGUUGGUUCUCAAGCGACUGAUUUUGGCGAGGCGCUGGCACGUCAUGAUGAAUUCUAAUCUAAAUAUUUUUUUUUUUAGAUUCUAAAAGCAACAAAGAACAAAUUCUUUAUCUCGAAUUGAAAGAAUCGAUGUUUUAAUAUCUAAUUGUAGUACUAUAUUAGUAUAAUAGUUUUCAUGUGUUAACACUUGCCUUUUGUAACUUUUAACAAUCUCAACACAUUAAUAUAAAUAAUAAGUUUAACUAGCACAAACUAUCAAAACGUACGUUUAAGACAGCGGGACUUCAAAAUACUUUAUGUUACUUAACUGUGCCAAAAAUGUUCAUUAGAUGUACUAUUAUUUCUACUAAUAUUUAAAAUUUGAUGUAAAGAUGCUUCGAAAAUUUGUACAAUUCAAAUAUUUACAUAAAUAUUUAAGAAUGUGCAUUUGGCUUCACAAGCGCAAUCUACAAAGUUUAUAAUUCUUGUGUAGGUGCAUUGCACUUGUAAUAAAUGCCAAAUACAACUAUGAAA